AUGUCGGGCAAGGACCGCGAGCAGGUCUUCCCGACCCGGCAGUCGCUGGGCAUCAUGAAGUCGAAGCUCAAAGGAGCUCAAACAGGUCACGACCUCUUGAAGCGCAAAUCCGAAGCCCUCACGAAACGUUUCCGCGAGAUCACAAGACGCAUCGACGAAGCCAAGCGCAAGAUGGGUCGUGUCAUGCAAAUCGCCGCCUUCUCCCUCGCCGAGGUCACAUACGCCGUCGGUAACAACAGCAUUGGAUAUCAAAUCACCGAGAGCGCACGCAAUGCAAAGUUCCGGGUCCGGACUAAGCAGGAGAACAUCAGCGGUGUGUUCCUGCCGGCUUUUGAGAGCUUUCAGAAGGAGGGUGCGAGCGAGUUUGGUAUGACUGGGUUGGGUAAAGGUGGACAGCAGGUGCAAAAGUGCAGAGAGACGUAUACGCGGGCAGUAGAGACUUUAGUUGAGCUGGCGAGUCUGCAGACCGCGUUUGUGAUUCUGGAUGAGGUGAUCAAGAUGGUGAAUCGAAGAGUCAAUGCUAUCGAACAUGUGAUUAUUCCGAGGACAGAGAACACGAUCAAGUACAUCAACACGGAGCUGGACGAACUGGACCGAGAGGAGUUUGUGCGGCUGAAGAAGGUCAAGGGUUUCAAGGAGAAAGCAGCUGCAGAGGAGGAAGCAGAGCGGAAGAAGAAGGCGGAGCGUGAGAAGGAGAAGGAGAAUGAUGAGGGCGCAGCGAAUGGUCAACAAUCCGGGGAGAGCAAGAACAUACUGGGCGAAGACGGCGACGAGGAUGUUAUCUUUUGA